AUGGCCGCCGACGAGCCCUACCAGCAGUCGUCCGCCAGCCUUCGCCAGCCUCAUCCCCCUCCUGCGCCCAUCCUUCACUGGGGACCGCCGCCGCCCAUGGCAUCCACUGCCGGGGCCGCCGGGGCGGUGUGCUGGGCCGACCUCUCCCAGGUGGCUGCCACGAGCAUGCUCCCCAUGGAGGGGUGGCUGGUCGCGCCGCCCAUGGGCAUGCCCUCCAUGGAGGGGUCGCCGGCCAUGUCGCCCACGGGCAUGCCCUCCAUGGGCACAGCGCCCCAGCUUGGGCCAAGGGCACCGUGGGCAAUCGCGCCACCUCGUGCUGCGAUGAUGCCCCCAAGGCCGAACGCCCCACCGAAGCCCAAGAUCCCUACCACCGGCUUGGCAAAGGCAGCGAGGAAGAAGCCGGGCCCGAAGAAGAAGCCUUCAACUCUGGUGGCCUCUGCUUCAACGCCGACAAGAAAUUCUUCAUCGUCGUCAAGCAUGGCAGCUCCCAAUUGUGGCACCGAGGAAGACACCCAUGAUGCCAACAACGUGUUUGAUGGAAUGUCUGCAAGUGCCCAAUCUUUUUCAAAUAUGAUGGAUGAAAGUGUUGAAGUAGAAAAUAUCUCUCUCUUCCAACCAUUGCCAAGUGCUGAUGAGGAGCAUGAUGAAGAUGACACUUUGAUCAGUCCAACAAGGAAAAGAGGACACAGGUCUGCCAAUUAUUCAUCAGAUGAAGAUGUUGCCUUGAUCAAGGCACGAGAGUUUGUGUCCCUUGAUGCCAUUGCAGGAGUUGAUCAGAGUAGUAGCACUUAUUGGAGCCGCAUCUCAGAGCACUUUCACCGUAAUGCCAAUACAACAAUGUCUAGAACAAUCGGGUCGCUCCAGCAUCGUUGGUCUACAAUCCAAGAAUGUUGUAACAAAUGGAAGUCAUGUCUUGCCCAAGUUGCUCGCCAACAUCCAAGUGGAGUCCCACUUCAAGAACAAGCCAACCUCGCCCAGGAGAGGUACAAGGCCAUGGAUCAGCAGAAGCAUAGGCCCUUUACCAUGCAACAUUGCUGGACAUUGUUGCAAAACAAUCAGAAGUGGAUAGACAGGGAGUUUGAAUGCCCACCAAAGAAGCAAAGGUCCAACUGUUCGUCUUCAGCUGAUUUUGAAGCUCAUGAGGAGGAUGAAGGGACUGAUGAAAUGAGCAAGAGGCCUGCAGGGAGGAAGAAGGAGAAAGAUAGGUUGAAGAAAGAUGUCGGUGGCUACAAGGAGGCGAUACAAAAGAUGAUCGAAUCAAAGGAGAAGCUUGCAGUUGACAAGGACUCAAGGUGGACGGAAAUCAAGGCCAUUGAGGAGCGCAAAGUUGCAAUUGAAGAGCGCAAAGCAGCUGCGGAAGAGCGCAAGGCAGCAAACGAGGAAGAGAGGCUAAGGCUCAAGGGUGAGAAGGCACGGGCUCAAGCAGCUGCGGAAGAGCGCAAAGCAGCUACAAAGAAGAAGGACGAGGACCAAAAAAUCAUGUUCAUGGACACGAAUGCUCUUGAUGACACACAGAGGGCAUAUGUCGAGGCCAUGCGUGCUAAAAUUCUAGCUGAAAUACUAGGAGGCAGUGGAGGUGGGAGUGUCUAGUGCUUCUUUGGUGUCUAGUGUCUAGUGUUUGCAAUGUGUUCCUAGUUUAUCUAGCCUGAACAGAUGUGUCUAGUGUU